AGCAUGUCCACCAGUGCGGAGCCAAAUUCAAGAACAUUACUACGAUCCUGAGAGUGGUUCGGGAUACUUUGCAUGGUGGUUGAAGACCCUUCACAGAAAAACUGCUAAUAAAAACGGCGUCUUAGUUAUUAAUAAAAGUUGCCAAAAGUGGUGGACCAGGGGGAAAGGGUGGAUCCAGACGCUUCACCACUGACUGUGUUAUCAGACAAGGAUGUGGAAGCAGCUGCUGCUGUUUUGAGGCACUCUGCUACCAAAGACACUAUCCGCGAGAAGAUGAAAGAUUCCUUCAAUUAUUGUUUAAUGAUCAAAGAUGACAAGAAAACAGCAGAUUUCUUCUCAAUCUCCUUGCGGUUUCUUGGCAAACCACGACUGACUCCUGUUUGGUGAGGUUGCUGCCAACACAUUCUUGGAGAAGUGGCUCAUUAUUCUCAAAGAAAAAGUUGAGAAGUAAAGCCAUGGUCUGGCGCCCACCACAAAUGUGCAAUGCUGAGGCAACUGAUAACAUUGAGUAUGGCCGGCACAGUGACAUGUCUGCCAUCUUGCAACUGCUACAUUUGCUACCACCGUCUGCGCAAGGACGGAAGAGACGACGAUAUAUGUCUGCAUCUCAAGCUGUCAAUAACUUCAGCAAAUCCCUAAAGCCGACUGUCCACUCCGGUUGGAGAGGUGCCUUUCUCUGGCCGGUAAUUCUAGCCUUGUGCGGCAGACCUUUAAAUAUCUUCACUGAAGAGGCCUUUCCAGCAGCCACGUGGUGUAAGCUCGCAGGGAGCAGCUUGCAUUGAAUGGAGAACAUACUGGUCCUGCUCCCAAAACAUCGACAGGAUCACGGAGUCUACAGACAAGCGGCUGCAUGUGCCUCGCUGCAAUCCCUUUGCCCAAGAGCGCUUUCUCUCUGGGCUUUAAUGCUGACCGUCAAUCCCUGUCGACAAUUUUUAAUGGGAUAAGUUAUUGAGGCCGAUCAGGUUCAAAACCAGGUCAGGUGUUCCAGUCACUUCCUCAUCACAGUUGGUCAGAUUUAGUCUAUUCUACUUGUUUUUUUGGUCAAGACCAUCGUCUUUCAAAGGCUUCCGCAUGGUACUUUGGUCGAAAGAACAAGACAAACUGCCCGACAUCAACAUGUCCUCCGGGGCCGUUGAGGUGAAGAAGGAGGGGGGGCCCCUCGCUCCGGCCUUCCUCAACUCCAACUCCUCCGUCCACCCGGUGAUCCUCACUCAGGGACUCGAGGAAGGGAGCCCAGGGACCGGGGGCGACUUUGAGCUCAAAGAGGUGACGUCUUUCACAGAAAUGACCAACGAGAUGCCUGGGAACGAGGAGAGGUUGGAGAUAGUCGCGGUGAUGGACUGUCGGGCCAACGCCAAAGGUCAGCGGGAGGAGGAUGCUCUGUUGGAGAACGCCAGCCAGAGCAACGAGAGCGACGACAUCAGUAAUGAUCAAAACCCUGAACAGCCGGCACCCCUCAAAGAGACCUCCUUCACCAUUGGUCUCCAGGUGGUUUUUCCCUUCCUUUUGGCCGGGUUUGGAACAGCGGCGGCAGGAAUGGUGCUAGACAUUGUCCAGCACUGGACGGUGUUCACGGAGAUAUCCCAGGUGUUCAUCCUCGUCCCGGCACUGCUCGGGCUGAAGGGCAACCUGGAGAUGACGCUGGCCUCCAGACUGUCCACAGCGGCUAAUAUUGGUCAAAUGGACUCAAGCAAGGACAUGUGGAACAUGAUCAUGGGGAACUUAGCUCUCAUCCAGGUCCAGGCUACCGUGGUGGGGUUUCUGGCCUCCAUCGCCGCGGUGAUCUUCGGUUGGAUUCCAGAGGGUCAAUUCCGGCUGAACCACGCCGUGCUGCUCUGUGCCUCCAGUGUGGCCACGGCCUUCAUUGCUUCUCUGCUUCUAGGUCUCAUCAUGAUUGGUGUGAUCAUCGCCUCCAGGAAAGUUGGCAUCAACCCAGACAACGUGGCCACGCCCAUUGCUGCGAGCCUGGGAGACCUGAUCACCUUGUCCCUGCUGGCUGGCAUCUCUACAGGACUGUACAAGGAACUAGAUUACAACGACUAUGCCAAUCCGCUGGUGUGCGCCGUCUUUGUGGCGUUGUGUCCACUCUGGGUGCUGAUUGCCAGAAAGAUCCCCUCCACCAGAGAAGUGCUCUACUCUGGAUGGGAGCCGGUCAUCAUCGCCAUGGCCAUCAGCAGUGUCGGUGGUCUGAUUCUUGACAAGACCGUCACCGAUCCCAACUUCGCUGGUAUGGCGGUAUUCUCCCCAGUCAUCAACGGUGUGGGAGGUAACCUGGUCGCAGUUCAGGCCAGUCGAAUCUCCACCUACCUGCACAUGAAUGGUAUAGGUAUGGGUGAUCCGAACCCUAUGCCCAGGAACAAGUGCCCAACACCUUGCACCACCUUCUUCACCUCAACUGUGAACUCUCGUUCGGCGCGUGUGUUGUUCCUCCUGGUCGCCCCGGGUCACCUCGUCUUCCUCUACACCAUCAACUCACUAAAGGGGGGACAUACCACACUGACGCCCAUCUUCAUCUCCUUCUACCUGGCUGCUGCAAUGCUGCAGGUGAUCAUCCUCCUCUACCUAGCGGACUGGAUGGUCCACUGGAUGUGGGGCCGAGGGAUGGACCCCGACAACUUCUCCAUCCCCUACCUGACUGCACUUGGUGACCUGCUGGGAACGGGCUUCCUGGCCCUCUGCUUCCAUAUGCACUUCUUCAUCGGCGACAGAGACUCCAACUCGGGCAACUGACUGCAAAGAUCGCCCUUCUGGCACGGACAGCCAUGACCUCCACGCAAACAAGACGCCUCCUAUGAAAGGGCUAAUCCCUGGUAGGGUUCUGAUCCAAGACGUAGCGCUCUAACAGGUCAGUAGUUUACAUCUCCAUCACAAGUCAUGUUUCAAACGGGAAAUAUCCUUCAUUCAGCCCCACAGACUUCAUUUGUAUUCUUCUUGGUAACGGAGUCCUCUGCCUCUGUUAUUAUUUUGCUAUUGUAAAUGAUUAUUAUUGUUGGUGAAUAAUACAUUUGAUGUAAAUCGAUUCUAUUUUGAGAGGCUAUUCCUCAUUAUUUUCAAUGGGGACACUAGCCCUAUAUCCAUUUUUAAUAGUGCAACAAAUCCAAGAAAGAAAAAGAUUGCAAAAAAUAAAAAUAAACAUGCACAAGCCAAGAUUGCUUAAAUCACCAA